UUAUUAUUGUACCUACAUACACAGUGAUGUAUGUGAACGAAGUUCGUAUUAAACGUUAAAUGUGCUAAAUUACAAAAAUGGAAACAGGCAGUACAAAGAAAACUAGUAAAAGUGGUGAUGUUAGUCUAUUAAAAAAAUUAUUUGAUAUAAAAAGACCCGCGAAAGUGCAGAGUGCUACUUUACCUCGGACAACAGGGAAAUCAGAGCAGGAGCCUUCAGGUAAAGAAAGAUUAUUUGUAAGAAAUCAGAGCUAUAGAAAAAAAACUUCAAAAAAUAAAUACAAAAAACAAAAUUCAGAAAUUAAUCAUGCUGAAAGCAACGAACAGGUUACAAACGUUAAGAAGUUGUGCCAACAGUUUGAAUCCACCCAAAUAAAAAUAGAAGACGAUAAAAGUGAUAGUUUGACACAUUACAGUAUAGGUGGAGAUGAAAUUUUAAAACAUACUAUUCCUAAUGUGGAGGUAAAGAGGAGAAAUGGUGGUUCAAAUUAUAAACAAAAUAGAGAAAACAAAAUAAAAAGCUUCGUUGAAGCAGAAAGUGAAGAUGCCACUGAGGAAUACAGAAAAAGUUUAAUAAGCGAAAUGGAUAUGGAAAUAGCACAAAUGAGGGAAGAUGGAUUCAUAGACGACGAAGACAAUUUUAUGUCCAAUGUACAGCAUACCAUCUUAGAUGAAACAUUGCGUUCAUACUCCGAGGAGAACACCUAUUAUGAAUUUAGUAACAAAGAUAUAGAGGAAACAAUUAAUUCCGAUCCGGAUAUCAAUAAUUUUAGCACUGACAACAUUAAUAUCGUUACUGAAAAUGAACUAUCAGACUUUCAUGAUGAUACAAAAUGUCACGAAGAUAUACUUAGAUUAAAUAGCUACGAAGAAUUCACAGAAAGUCUUGGCGAUGAUCUUGAAAAUGGUCUGUUUGUCGUGGAAGCUUACAACGAUGAUGGCCGAGAAUUAAUAGAAGUGCAAGUUAUGAUAGACAGAAGACCUGUUAGCAUGGGUCAUCAAGAUCUUAAAGAAGCGAUAAAAGAUUCACACAUGGUAUUUUACGAGAACUUAGACCGCACAUAUAAUUGUAUCCACAAUGAAUUAACUGAGUAUAUUGAUCAAAAUAAAUCAGAGCAAUGUGCCGGUGCUUCUAUAAACUUGGAAAAUAAUGUUUACGAAAAUAUUGAAACUCCCAGUGAAGAAAUGAAGGAACCACUCAUGGUGUUUGCUCCAAUGUCCAACAGAUCUACCAUAUACUCAGUUACAUCGCAAGAAAGUUCGGUGUUUGACACAGAUGACGAGGGAAUAGAACUAGGCAGAAACAAAGAAGUGUAUAGUAGUGUUCGGAGAGAGACAUUCUGUGAUGAUAAGGGUAUUAUUCGUAUUGAACGUGUUGCCUUCUCAGAUAACAAUCCAUUUCCCAACUUUGUCAGCAGAAGUGAUUCAACAGCUUCUUUAAAAAGGCUAGAGUACAUAAUAGAUGAAAUAAAAUCAACUGAAAAAAAAUAUGUUGACGAUCUGGCUAAAGUUGUCAAGACAUAUAAACCAUGGAUUGAGAAACAUACACCACUCGAACUUAAGGACUACCAGGGCUAUUUGUUUGGAAAUAUAGAUAAAAUUCAUAGGAGGCAAAGAAAGUUCUUAGAAGAUCUAAAUAGAUGCGGCAGAGAUGUAAACGACGUAGUGGAAUGUUUUAUAAAACACGAGCUUCUCUUCGAAUUGUACCCUCACUAUUUUAGGAAUAAACCGAAAGCUGAUAAUCUGCUUAAGGAAUUUAGCCCUAUAAUAAAGGAAAUGCAAGAGAAAUUUGGAGAAAGACUCGACUUUUCAGCAUACUUGUUGACACCAGUUCAAAGGCUUGGAAAGUACAUUUUAUUAUUAGAGCAGAUUGAAAAACAAUUGAAGAAAUUGGAAUUGCCUGUAGAUAGUACCCAAACUGCCUUAGCAAUAGUGAGAGAAGAAAUGUCAAAGGGUAACGAUUCAGUGGCUAUCGAGUCGAUAGAAAACAGUCCUAUAAGUAAGAUGGAUUACGGAUCGUUUAAAAUGAGGGAAAUGUUCAGUAUUACCAAGCCCCGAAAAGUAGAAGCCAUGGUGUUCUUAUUUUCCAAUGUGUUGGUAUUUACGACAUGUGACCCUACUCGAUUGGAAAUUUUCUAUUACUACGACCACAUAAAAAUGAAUGAUUUGAGGAUAGCAACAUUUAACGAUUUUAUUAUACACCUAACGGAUUAUACGAAAAGCAAGAAGAAGCAAAACUCGAGCAAGUACACUUAUAUUCUUGAAGCGAAAUCGGAAAAAAUAUGGAAAACUUGGAAAGAGAUGAUUGAGAAAAUUUUGUGGGAUCAACUUCGAAAAACCAAAGAAACGGUUAUGUCCGACAAAAUUUCCAAAACCAUUAAAAUACAUGAUAGGAACAGAACGAAAUCAACAGGCUCGUCCGUAUUCUACUGUGAAUAAGAAAAGAGCUGUAAAAUAUCAUAAAAACUUAAAGAAGUAUUUGUAUAUACACCAAUUUGAGAUAUAUUUAUUUAUUUAUAAAAUUACACAAUUGUGA